UCGCAAACCCCUAGCUGUUUUCAGUUUUCAUUUGACGUUUUUCCGUUGCCGCGACCAGACGUCCCGACCGGUUUCGAAAUUUUCAAAAGAGCUCUCGAGUUUCGAGUACCAGGCAGGCAGGCAGGCAGGCCCUCUCUCUUUCUGGCGGUCUCGUGCUGUCGUUCGUUACGAAUUCAAACCGAAAACCAAAACAAUAAUACAACAGCCGAACGGUGCACGCAUUUUGAGUUAUUUUUAAACAAAAAAAAAAAAAAGAAAUAAAUAUAAAAGAAGCGGCCAGAGAUUCUGCUCGUCGUCGCUCGGUUUCUCCAUGCAACCAAAAAUAAAAUAAAACCCAACAACCAGAAAAGAAACCGAUUUUGUGAGUGCAAUAAACCAAACUGCAGUGCCGCUGCUGCAAUCUGUGUAUCUGUGUGUGUGUGUGUGUGUGUGUGUGUAUUGUAUCUGUGAGGUGCAUCUACCGAAAUAACACGCACUAAAAUUCCGGCAUCAAAAAUCAUACUCUAUGUACUCUGUCUGUCGGGUGAAAUUAUUUGUCUAGAAAUUAUUUUGGCCGAAAUCCGAAAGCCAAAUAUUUGCAUAUAAGCCGCAGUUUGACAGUCACUGGUGGCACACAAAACCCGUCAAACGGGUACGGCUGGCAAAAAUAUAUCGCGUAAAAAAACUCGUUAAAAAAAAAGAGAGAUAUAUUUAUGACAACAAAAUCUUUAUUUUUGUGGCGAACGAGUCACAGCCGACAGCAGCAGAGCCUGCAAAAUUAUAACAAUUACAACAGGAGGAGUGGAGUAGAGUGGAGGAGUGGAUCUUGAAACCCUACUGCGAUUGCAACAUUAGCCGCCACAGCAGCUGUGGAAGUGGCAACUUCUGGGAAAAACAGUAAUUUGAGCCAAGAACGCCCACUUCAAAGGAAAACCCUUGAAAGAAUCUUGGCCAAGCUAACAAAUGCCAUUCUAAGUUGGAAAAUUGCAGCAUAAACAACAGCAACUGCAACAGCAACUGAAAUUGCAUCUGCAACUGCAACUAAGAGAGCUUUAAAUUCUAAAUAAAAACUUGCAAGGAAAAGUUUUAGAUACAAGAGCCAUCGAUGCAGUUCUAAGCCAAAAAUUGUUGAUUAGAAGCGACAGCAGCAGCAACAACAAGCCGAGUUGCAGCUGCAACUGCUGGAAGAAACAGCAACAACAGUGGCAUUUUACAGCGAAGGCGGCGAGAGGCGUUGGGUGCGUCAGGCAGUCAUGGGGGUACUGAGAUGGCGCGAUUCUCCCGGAUCGCGUAUAUCGGGUUCACUUGGCAGUAGCAGCAGCAACACCACCAGUAACACCAACAACAAUCACCAUCACAACAACAGCAGCAGCAGCAGCAACAACACUCAUCUGCAACACCACACCAACAACAAUCACAUCAAUAAUAACAACGGCAACAGUAACAACAAUCGCGAGAACCACCAUCGCGGAAGCAACGCUAGUGAGGAGCGUGUACCCCAGCCACAUUCGCCCCACGACAGCCACGCCCACCCACACAACGGCGGCGGCCUGCAGCACUCCGGAUCUCGGGCCACACUCCGCCACUCGAUGAACCACUCCAGCAGCUCGACAGUCUCGGGCUCCGCCUGCAGCUCCACCCCCGCCUCCCCGCAGCUCAGCGGCGUGGUGAACUCCGCCGGAGUUCAGAUGCUCUCCAAUGGCCACCACUACCAGUCCCAGUCGUCGGUGAGCUCCAACUCGUCGAUCGUCUCGGCCAUUCCCGCCUCGCAGAGACUCCUCGAGGAGGCGCUGGCCAAAACGGCACCCUACCCGAUGAUCCUGCUGCCCCUCCACGGUGGCUAUUGGCUGGAUGGGACCGAACAUGAGUGCGCCUACGAUGCCAGGGGCAAUCCGAUACUGCCACAGACCACCUGGAUGGCCAAGUUCGAGACGGACGAUACGGCCAAGUGCUAUCGGCGGUUCUACGCCGCCAGGGAGCACUCCAAUCUGGUGGGACAGGACGAGCAGCUGGGACCUGUUUUGAUUUCGAUAAAAACGGAGAAUGUGGCCAACCAGGAGCACAUGCGGAUUCUCCUGAGAUUACGUACUGGCACCAUGCACGAGCUAAUCCCCGUGUCCUGCCUGGGCGCCCAGCCGAGUCCGGCGAAGAUGGUUCGUCUGCUGAACGAGCAGAUCCAGGUGGAGAACUUUAUGCCAGUCCUGUGCCCCAAGGCCUCGCAGCUCAUCAGUGUCUACGAUGAGCACGUUCUCGUCUCGCACUUCAAGUUCGGAGUACUCUACCAAAGAUAUGGACAAACUACCGAGGAGGAGCUCUUUGGCAAUCAACAGACAUCGCCGGCAUUCGAUGAGUUCUUGGACGUUCUGGGCCAGAGGAUACGGCUAAAGGAUCACAAGGGCUACAGGGGCGGACUGGACAUACAGAAUGGACACACCGGCGACACGGCCGUCUACGAGGUGUUCAAGGAGCGCGAGAUCAUGUUCCAUGUUUCCACCCUACUGCCCCACACCGAGGGCGAUCCCCAGCAGCUGCAACGGAAGCGUCACAUUGGCAACGACAUUGUGGCCAUUGUUUUCCAGGAGACCAACACUCCGUUCUCUCCGGACAUGAUUGCCAGCCACUUCCUGCACGCCUUCAUCGUGGUGCAGCCCAUUGAGCCCAACACCCCACACGCCCGGUACAAGGUCAGUGUGACGGCCCGGGACGAUGUGCCCUUCUUUGGACCCACUCUGCCCAAUCCGGCUGUUUUCCGGAAGGGUCAGGAGUUCAAAGAGUUCAUUCUCACCAAGCUGAUCAACGCGGAGAACGCCUGCUACAAGGCGGAAAAGUUUGCCAAGUUGGAGCAGCGCACCCGGACCUCGUUGCUGCAGAAUUUGGUGGAGGAGCUGCGGGAGAAGACUCGCGACUUCCUGGGCAACGAUCUUUCCCAGGCCACCGCCGGCAGUCCCACCCCGGAAACUCCCAAGGCGGAGAGUGGUGGCGGAAAUGCCGGUUCGCGGUUCAUCGACACGGUCAAGAAGGCCCUGAUCAUGAGGGUGCGUUCCCAGAGCGUCGACACGGGCAAUGCCCACGGACCGGGACACCAGGACAAGUUCAGUGUGAACACCAAGCUGGGAACCCUCAAUUCCAAGAAGGAGGCUCAGCCCGAAAUGCAGACACCCAACCUGAAUACCUGCAGCCGUACAGCCUCAAAGUCUUCUUCAAAGUCCAAAUCCUCGAAUGAAUCCACCUCCUCCUCCCCGGACAUCACCUCUCGUCAGGCGAACAACAACAAUAUUAACAACACCAGCUCCAAUGGAGGUCUAUUGUCCCAGAACGGUACCGGUGUGGGCGUGGCUAACUCCGGUGUGAGUGCUGCCCAAAAUGGAGGCGUGGCAGUGGCCACCAUGUCGGAAACCAGCGAUGAUUCCAGCUUGAACAGCGUGGAUCUGGAUCCAAUGAUGGCUCAUCUGGAUGGCGGAGCCACCUACAUAGACAGUGACACCGGUCUGGAGAGCAUGAGCUCGGCGGAGGCCACCACCAAGGCGUGCUCCUUGUGCCUGGACGGAGUCCAGUCCACCAUAAUGGGCAGCUCCCCCAGCAACGAGACAAUUGUGAAGAUUGAGAAUCUGCGCCAGGAGGUCACACGGCUCAAGUGCGACAAACUGGACUUACUCAGGCAGAAUGUGACCUGCCAACGCGACAUCAAGCGUCUUAGGGAGCGGGAACUCUCUCUCCAGGGGGACCUAUCGGCAGCUGGCAGGGAGAUCCUGCGACUAAGGGAUCUCCUGAAGGAGUACAUGCCGGACACAGCCGCCGCACCACUCUCCAUAUCACCCAUCUAAGCGUUAAACGCACCACCUUCGAGUAGCCGGAUUAGGAUUGGAUUGGAGCGGGUAGAGAGCAGGGAACCAGGAGUAACCACUGUGCCGUGUAUAACACUUUGAAGGGAAAAAGGAUAUAUAGAGUAGGAGAGCAGGGAGAUGGAGAGUUGGCGUAGCCCCCGUAGCCCCCGGAGAGAUACAAGCCCCAAAGGAAAAGCAUAAAGCAAAAAACUGUAUUAUAUUUAGUUUAUGUAGCUGUAGAUGAUGGAGAUCUAUUAAGAUCGAGGACAGGUGGCAGCAGGCAUGCGCGAAUGGAAAAGUUAUUAAAUAUUACCAAUAUGCAAGACAGUUACAAACUAAACUAAACAACAAAGCUAUGCAACAAACAAACAAACGAAAAACAGCAAAGGAAAACAGAACACACAACUCAAAAAAGUACACCAAAUAUAUAAUAUAAGUCUUUAAGCAUAUUUAACGAAAGAAUAACUAACGCCCGUAACCCGAAAGCGUCAUAAUUCCAGAACCCAUCUAUCCCCCCCCACAAAACUUUAACCUAAGUAGAAGGCGAUCAAUCACAAAGCAUCACACCAGAUCAAUAUGGAUAUAUAUUAUGAUUAUAAUCACUCCUAAACACACAAAUCACACGACAAAAAAAAACCAUAAAACACAAAAAUUUAAAACACGUAGCAAAGUUUUGAGGUUUACAAAACCGUUACUCGUUCGUUAGUCGCACCCGUAAACUGUUACUGUUGUCGUGACUGUUACCGUGACUCUCGCUUCACACUUCAUCCCCAUAAAUCGAAAAUAACUAAAUUAUUAUCAACAUAAUAUGAUUUUAAAUUUAAAAAUCAAAACAAAAAACGCUCUGAAAAAGGAAUUAGCUGAAAAAAAAUUUCAAGAAAUCAAGAUAGAACUCGUAACCUUAAGAUUAAGUUGCUUUAAAUACUUUUACCUAAUUUGUAUGUUAAUUAAUUAUGUCUUAAGUUUAACCAAAUGCAGAAACCACAACAUCGAUGAACUGAUGACUCACGAGAAUAAUUUGCAUGUCGCAUUCAAUGUACAUAUUAUGUAGGAGCGUCGUAUAAUUCUCGAUCCGCAUCCGGAUCUUUCGAAAUUAACUAUGACUAUAUUUUAUUUUCUUAACCAAUAACGAUAAUAUCGAUAACCACGCCAAGAAAGGCAUAUGGAGCGAAAAAAUCCAAGCAAGUAGUAGUUGGGAAAACAAUUCCAAAAAGCAAAAGUUACAAAUCACGCAAGCAAAUUUUUGUCUUUGAAAUCUAUUCGAUAAGUACUGCGAAUAAUUGUUUUUGUUGAGACGCAUUAUCAUUUUUAUUGUGUAAAGUAUAAAAAACCAACAAAUAUAUGCAAAAUAUAUGGAAUAUAUAUAAACAAAUUUUA